GGCCGCUUUCCGCUCUCCCUCUUUCUCCCGGUUCCAAUAUGGCGGAUGAAUCGGUUUCUCUUUUCACGGCUAUCGGACUAAGUGAACAGAAAGCUCGAGAAACGUUAAAGAAUGAAGCUCUUAGCCAAACACUUCGGGAAGCCAUCCUCCAGACCCAGGCCGUUUCCGGCCCUUCCGUUGACAAAGUGACAGGCACCCUGCUCUACAGCGUGUCAUCUCGGCUGAAGGAUACAAAGAGGCUGAGCUUUCUGGUUGGAUAUAUCGCCAAUAAGAAGAUUAACACAGACCUGCAGCUCAACGCUGCUCUUGAUUACGUGAAGGCCCAUCCUGUGGACCCCAUCGAUGUUGCCGAUUUUGAAAAAGAAUGUGGCGUUGGGGUAAUUGUGACCCCGGAGCAAAUUGAAGAGGCUGUGGAAGCUGUGAUCCAGAAAUGUAAAGCCCAGCUGCUGGAGGAGCGAUAUCGCUUUAACAUGGGAUUGCUAAUGGGUGAAGCAAGAAAUAAACUGAAGUGGGCCGACGGGAAGAUUAUCAAGAACGAAGUAGAUAUGCAGGUUUUACACUUACUUGGCCCCAAGACAGAAGCCGAUCUAGAAAAGAAACCCAAGGUUGCGAAGCAGAAAGUACCAGAAACCGAGAAAAAAGCUGAAGUGACUGUGAACGAUGAUGUAAAGUUAGAAUCCAAAUCUUUGAUGGAGCAGCUAAGAGGAGAGGCCUUGAAAUUCCAUAAACCAGGUGAAAAUUAUAAGACCGAGGGAUACGUUGUGACCCCGAACACCAUGCAGCUACUUAAGAAGCACCUGGAGAUCACGGGGGGACAGGUGAGAACUCGCUUUCCCCCGGAGCCAAACGGCAUUCUGCACAUCGGCCACGCCAAAGCCAUUAACUUCAACUUUGGUUACGCCAAGGCAAACAACGGCAUCUGCUUUUUGCGGUACGACGACACCAACCCGGAGAAGGAGGAAGAGAAGUAUUUCACCGCCAUCAAGGACAUGGUCGAGUGGCUGGGAUACAAGCCUUUCGCGGUGACGCACGCCUCUGAUAACUUCGACCAGCUGUACGAGUGGGCCGUGGAGCUCAUUAAAAGGGGUCAUGCCUACGUGUGUCAUCAGAAAGUGGAAGAAAUUAAAGGUCACAACCCACCACCUUCUCCAUGGAGGGAUCGGCCGAUUGAAGAAUCCUUAAAUCUGUUUGAGGGAAUGAAAAAGGGCAAGUUUGCGGAGGGCGAGGUCACCCUGAGGAUGAAGUUGGUUAUGGAAGACGGGAAGAUGGAUCCAGUUGCGUAUCGGAUCAAAUAUACCCCUCACCAUCGCUCUGGAGACAAAUGGUGUAUAUACCCCACCUAUGACUAUACCCACUGCCUGUGUGAUUCGAUUGAGCACAUUACGCAUUCUUUGUGCACCAAGGAGUUCCAGGCCAGGCGGUCGUCGUAUUUCUGGCUCUGCAAUGCGCUCGAUGUUUACUGCCCCGUGCAGUGGGAAUACGGACGCCUGAACCUGCACUAUACGGUGGUGUCAAAGCGGAAGAUCAUCAAGCUGGUGGAAACGGGGGCUGUCAGGGACUGGGACGACCCUCGCCUUUUCACGUUAACUGCUCUGAGACGGAGAGGAUUUCCACCUGAAGCCAUAAACAACUUCUGCGCGAGGGUUGGGGUGACGGUCGCCCAGACUACAAUGGAGCCGCACUUGCUGGAGGCUUGUGUCCGAGAGGUACUAAAUGAAAAAGCCCCCCGAAUCAUGGCUGUCUUGGAACCUCUGAAGGUCACCAUAACCAAUUUCCCCGCGGAAAAGGCAAUCAACGUCUCUGUACCAAAUUUCCCAGCAGAUGAAUCGAAAGGAUUCCACACGGUUCCGUUCUCUUCCACUCUGUAUAUUGAGCAAACCGACUUCAGAGAGGCGAUGGAGAAAGGAUACAAGCGCCUCACCCCGGAUCAGCCUGUCGGUCUUCGCCAUGCUGGGUACGUCAUCUCCGUGCAGAACAUCGUGAAGGACCAAAGCGGUAACGUUGUGGAGCUGGAAGUCACUUGCACGAAAUCCGAGGCUGCAGAGAAGCCCAAAGCCUUUAUACACUGGGUCUCCGACCCCCUGCGGUGUGAAGUGCGUCUGUACGAUAGACUAUUCCUUCACAAAAGCCCAGAGGAUCCCUCUGAAGUACCUGGAGGAUUUCUAAGUGAUUUGAACCCUAAUUCCAUGACGACGAUCCCGAAUGCCUUUGUGGAUCAAUCUGUGAAGAACGCGACCGUCUUCGAUAAAUUCCAGUUUGAGAGAAUCGGCUAUUUCUCUGUAGAUCCAGACAGCACUCAGGACAAGAUUGUAUUCAACAGGACCGUGACGUUGAAGGAAGACCCGGGGAAGGUGUGAAGAAAACCAGAGCCACCUCCCCGUCUGCCCCGUCACCUCGGGGGCAGCUAAGACUUGUUGCCCUUGAGUGCCAGAGAGAGAGACGCACACCCCUCUGGCACUAAAAGUAUUAAAUCAGAAGUACGCAAAAGACGCUUCAUGGAAACCCAAAAUCAGCCGCUUGCCUUAAACCCCAAAAAAGGGCUUGUUUGAGAACGUCAUUUUUCUCUUGCGUUCAAUGGAAAAUAAUAAACGAUGCAUUUAUUUAA